AUGUCAAAAACAGCGGUGGAGACCUCCUCCAUACUACUGAGAAACAUCAAUAACCCGGGCCCAUCGGCGACAUCGGCCAUCAGGUACGAAGAGACAACGUCAUACGACGAAGAAAGAUUAAGAUCGAGGGAAAGGGACAGAAGUCACUAUGGAGGCCAGGAUGCAUCCAGUGUCACAGAGCUGACCUUCCCGGAAGGCGGUCUCAGUGCGUGGCUAGUGGUGUUCGGAUCGUUCUGCGCUAUGCUUUCUGUCUUCGGUCUCAUCAACUCUGCUGCGGUCUUCGAGUCGUAUUUCUCAGAACAUCAGUUGGCAGAUCACUCGCCCUCGGAGAUUGGAUGGAUUUUCAGUCUGUACCUUUUUAUCGUCUUUUUCGUCGGCAUCCAAGUUGGGCCAUUGUUUGACGCCUAUGGCCCCCGUGGACUCGUCGUUGCCGGUGGCUUGUGUAUCUCAGCGAGUCUUCUACUGUUAAGCCUGUGUAAAGAGUACUAUCAAAUCCUACUUGCUUACUCAAUUCUUGGUGGGUUGGGCGGCGCUCUGCUCAACUCCCCAUCAUACGGCGCUAUUGCCCACUUCUUUGACAACCGCCGUGGUUUUGCGACUGGUGUUGCCGCGACUGCCGGCUCGAUUGGCGGAAUCGUAUAUCCCAUCUUGCUCCAGAACCUCUUUCCCACACUUGGCUUCGCCCCGACAGCAAGAAUCUUGGGAUUUAUCCUUCUUGGUCUCACGAUCCCUGCGACAUUGUUCAUCCGGUCUCGGCUUCCGAAGAAGGACGGACCAACUUCCAUCUGGCCAGACUUCAGCGUUUUUUGGAAUGUGAAGUUCACCCUCUCAGCAGUCGGCAUUUUCUUCAUGGAAUGGGGUCUAUUCGUACCCAUCACCUACAUCAUCUCAUACGCAGCGAGCACACAGAAGAGUACUGUCCACUCCUACACAAUCCUCUCGAUUCUGAACGCUGGCUCCGCGAUUGGACGUUUCCUACCAGGCCUUGCUGCCGACAAGUACGGCCGUUUCAACGUCAUUCUCAUCACCAUUGCCAUGUGUUUCAUCACUGUCUUUGGCCUGUGGCUGCCGUCUAAAGGGUCUCAACCCAUGCUCCUCGCCUUCGUUGCUCUGUUCGGUUUCGCAAGUGGCAGUAACUUGGGCCUUGUCCCGUCGGGGAAGGACGGCCAGAAUUGGAACGGCUUAAUCAUGUUCUCUGGGGCUUCCUACAUCCUGGCUUUCAUCUGCUACGCCUCCGUACGAGUCCUAGCAGUUGGGUGGAGAAUUGCGGCAAGGUUUUAG